ACAAAAUGCAGCUCAUAAAAAAUAGAGAAUCAGCCUGAAAAGACAGCCCCUUAGCGAAAACAAUUAAACGAAUGUAAUUAUUUGUGGACCGCAAUGCCCCAAUGCUGAAUAUCCGAAGCACGGUUGGAACAUCGACAGCGUUGCCGUUGUUAAUUGCCGACGAGCACAGAUAAAGGUACGGCAGCGUUAUUCUGUGUCCAGACGCUAACUGCACCAUGUGUUCUCACAGGAAGAGGAAUCGAUAGUUUAAUAUGUCUCUGAUUCCCUCCUCGGUUUGAACGCUGAGAUCAACACGUGAAGCGAGAGAGGUUAACUUUUUGGACGCUGCGGUCGGAAUUUAUCGCCCGGUGAAAGGGAUUCAGAUAUAUGUGAACGCCGGUUUGUGUAGAGGAAGAAUGCGGAUUUGCGAUAAAGCAACUCUACUGUAACGUGAAGGCAUGACAAGUUGGAAUGUUACAGGGACGAACGUGAUUCGAACCAGGAAUGACAGUCCUAUAGAGUGAGUGGUCAAGGAUAUGCUCAAGAUGGCAGGAGGUGUGGUUUUAGCUCACCUGGUCAUUUGCACAGUGUGGUUUAUCGGCCAUGGAGCGUUCGCAGCCACGCUUAAUAUAGGGGUGCUACCAUCAUGGCGGGAAGUGGUGGCCAACUCAUCUCGUGGCGUUAGCAACGUCAUCAACUACAACAUCACCAACCUGAAGUUUCACGACAUCUACACGAAUGAUGGUCAGAGCACCUACACACGGAUGGGAGAAGUUCAUCGAAGAAUACAACAUUGGUCCAUCGACGCCAUUAUCGGUCCCUAUGACAACGGCGUUGCUUUGGCAGCGGAAGAACGGAAGAUACCCUACCUUGCUACGUCUCCCGUAACCAGGGAGAUGCUAAAACACACUGUCCAGCUCUUACCGGAACUGGACGACUUCUGUCAGGCCCUGCUGGAAUUUGCACAAAAACAGAACUGGAAAAAGAUUAGCGUCUUCUAUGAUGAUGAUAAAGGUUUGGCGGUGCUGGAACGACUGAUGACAAACCAUUCUCUAUCUGUCAAGGCCUGGAGACUCCCCGACCCAGGGUCGAAAACACGUGACACGCACCGGAUCAUGGGGUCGAAAGCAAGAGAGGCGCUUGUGCAGAUGCGUAAAGUUCUGGUGGAACACUCCAUAGUGAUAUGCGGUAAACUCUACACGGAGUUCCUGCUCAGAGAGGCUCGCAACCUCGCCAUGUUAUCAACGCCUCCGUACGAAUGGGGCUUCUACGAUCCGGGCGACGCUAUAGGCGAUCUGUUCGAGCCUUACCGAGACAUCGCCGUCAACUUCACUGUGUUCUCCUUGUUGCCUUAUAACUCCUCCGUCAGCGACAUGACCAACCUCAACAACAACAGCCACAUCCACCAGAGGAAGCUUGAGUACGCCCUCGCCCACGACGCCAUGCAGCUUCUGAUAGCGUCCAGCAUGCAGACAAAUGACAAUCUCCUGAACACCAUCAAGAGUAACCAAGAGUUUGGUUUGACUGGUAACCUUCAGUUAGACACUCACGGCAAAAGGUCUAACUUUUCCGUCUAUCUAACUGGCUACACGGGCAACGAGAGUUACCCGGUGAGUGGUAUUUACAGCUAUCCGCACGGAGAGUGGCUGAAGCGUCCGUCUCACAGUUACCUUCUCCUCAACACGUCUCAAGCUCCCCCAAAGCGACGACGUAUUUUCCCCCUAAAAGGUCGCACGGUCAAGGUCGUCAUGAUUCUUGAGCAGCCCUUCACGAUGUACAAGAGGGAUGCGGUCAUGAGACGCGGUAACGACCGGUUUGAGGGGUUUGCCGUCGAUCUACUGACACACGUGGCUGAGACGCUGAGUUUCAACUUUGAGAUCUACCUGGUUCCUGAUGGGAACUUCGGCAGCAAGAAAGAUGGCGAGUGGAAUGGCAUCAUAAAAGAGUUGCUUGAUGGAGAAGCAACGAUGUCAGUGGCUCCCCUCAGCAUCAACUCAGGUCGUGAGGAGGCCGUUGACUUCACCAAGCCGUUCAUGACACGGUACAUAACAGUUAUCCUAAAGAUCCCCCAGAGAAAGGUGUCCUACUUCGAAUUCCUCAACCCCUUGUCACUCACCGUCUGGGGCUGCACCCUCGCAGCUUUCGUAGUCGUCAGCUUCGUCCUGUACAUGUUGGAGAGAAUCGGUUCCACCAAACAGAGAACCAACCCCCAGAUCUCUGUCAGGGAGAGUUUCUGGUUUAUAUUCGGGUCCCUGCUGCAAGGCAACACUGACGCCUGCCCGAUCACAAUCCCAGGACGUAUUCUAACCAGCUCAUGGUGGUUCUUCGCCCUCAUAUUAAUCUCCUCCUACACUGCCAACCUCGCAGCUUUCCUCACGGUCAAGAAGAUCAACACCCCAAUCAAAUCUGUCACAGACCUGGCCCAGCAGACCAAGAUUAAGUAUGGAACGGUCAAGAACAGUGGCGUCAUGUCCUUCUUCGCCAACACAAACAUUGAGCAUUUCUCCAAGAUGUGGGCACAGAUGUCAGAGAUAGAACCUGAUUCCAUGGUAGACAAUACAACUGAAGGCUAUGGCAAGGUAACGGAUGGGAACUAUGCCUUUUUCUGGGACACCACCGUCAACAAGUAUAAGACAACCACAGACUGUGAUGUCAUGGAGAUAGGACCACCGUUCGACCCUAAGGGUUUUGGGAUAGGGGUUCCACCAGGGGCGACUUAUCUGGAAGAACUCUCCAUGACCAUACUGAAGCUCAGCGAUAGUGGCAUAUUGCAUGAACUGGAGAACAAGUGGUGGGGAAGCAGGAGCUGCCCGGACCCCGCCAAGUCGUCGUCGGAUGAGACGUCGGAACUCCAGAUUGAGAACGUGGCUGGCGUCUUCUUCAUCCUGGUCGGCGGUAUAGUGAUUGCAGGGUUGGCCUGUCUCGCGGAGUACUCUGCCAACCUCCUGCUCAAGGCCAACAAGAACAACAAGAAGGAUAAACCAGAUUUCACAGCAAACAGCAAAGAAAAGUCCAGUUUUCUAUGAGUGAACAUGGCACUGAUAGCAAUACAUACCACAUACCACGCGAGGAAAACCUCCUGAUUGGACGGAGAGACAACCUCAACGUCUGCGUGUCAUACUGAUGACUUCCGCUUAUACCGGAAGUCCGAGCUGAUGUCUCAAGGGGAAUCCAGUUUCGCUUUUCAUUCAAUGUUAGAUUUCAGGUUCCCGAAUCCAAACGACGUAUUCGGAAACUAUUCCAAUUUUGAUUAAUACUUUCCGGAAUGAGUGCUGAUUAAUACUGAGUUCAUACUGCAGUAUAUUCCUGUUAUUUCGGAAUUAUCCGAAAACGAAGCUGUUUGCUUUACUAUUCCCUUAUCUGGAUAACAUUAACAUGCCUAUUUCCUUAUUCGGAUUGUGUGGAUGUGGAUGUGCCUUGCAACAACCACGUGGCGUUCAACAAACUAACGACUUACAAACGCUUCAUCGUUGAAAGCUCAGGUCUCCUUGAGGAUGGUAUUUUUUAGUGUUUGAAGCAGAUAUUCACGUACGGUGUGUAAGUAUUUAAUGAUACAUUUGUAUAUGUAUUAUAUAAGUUAGUAUUGAUAAGUAUGCAGAUUUCAUAAAUGUUCAUUAUUUCUUUGUUUUGAGGCCUGGGUGGACUUACACAUAAGACACUUUUAUACUGAUCAGAUGUUUCUAUCAAAGACUUCAUUGUACUCUUUUGUAUAUACCUCGUACUGUGUUCGUCAGUUGUAAAGUGUCGGACAAAAGAAAGUACCCCCGUGUUUGAUGAAAGCUGAACAUGAAACAUACUAGAAAUGAUUAUUCGAUAGUGAUGGAUGGAUGGAAGCUUUCUGCAUUGUAACGUUUUAAUAGCGUUUGUGAACGUUUUUGUCAAAUCAAAUUUUCAAGUAUAUUCUUUUGCCCGACAGUUAAGUAGCACACUUAGCAUCUUCCUAAAGCAUUAUUGCACGUGACUUCUAAAGGUGUAUUGAUUUUCGUCAAGCGAGCUUCAUACCAAAGCACAGACCAUGGCGUGCGAACCACAAACUAUACUACUCUAAAGACGUAAAGGACCAUCCAAAUCCUUCAUGUUACAGAUGUUACUCUGUCAUGUCAUUACAUCUUUUGACUAGUAUAGUUGUUCAGUAUUGUGUUCCUGUUUUCUGAACAAUGUCGCUUGACUGGUUCCCUGACUGCGAAUGUGUGCAUAGAGGUAAUAGUUGCUGCGCAUUGGAAAGGUACAACCAGUUCAGUUAUGAUCCGGAGAAUAUAUUAAUCAUUGGUUUCGCCCGGAUAAAUCAUCAUCAACAUUCACGGGACUUUAUGCAAUAGAGUUUUAAAGAAGUGCACUGUUUAUAUGCAGCUGAUGCAUAAUUACUGUGUACCCAUGUGUGUGUGUGUAUAUAUAUAUACAUUUAUACUCAAACGGACCAUGAACAUAAAUUUGUUUAUAUAUCUGUUCUUUUAUGCACUUGAUGUGGCCUGUAUAAAAUACUUCUAAAUUAACCUGUAUAGCGCGUUUGAAGAGACAAUCGUGGAUCAUUGUGUGUUGCUAUAGCAGUUAGGGUCAAUGUUAUGUAGGUAUGAACCCCGGGAUCACGAAACAAUGACAGGCAGAAGCGGGGCGGGUGGCCAAAAAUUAUGGGUUGUUGUUUUUGCCAUUUGAACGUUAUUUAGAGGGACUGGUCAUUUGUUACAGGGGCGUCAUUAAAAAGGUUGCGUACGUAUAUUGGAGGAUUGGUGUUCCAUGAAGUGGAGAGUCGGCAAAAUAUGAUAAAGUCAUAAGAACUAUCGCACUGCCCGACUUAAAACUGUAAUUUUCCUGAAGUCAGAUUACACCAGAUUUGGCAAAGUACGUCAAGCACAAAUAAACGUGUCCAUUCCUCAAAUCGCGAGAUCAGUUUGGAAGUAAUGACUGGACAAGUCUUCAAAGUAAAAUCUUUAUUAAUGGUGAAGAUGCCUCGUCUCCAGUGCUCAACGUUGCAAAGUACCUCGGUAUAUAUAUAUAUAAGUAGUACCUAUACAACAACGACCCGUUCUGCUAAUUGUGGUUAAACCCGUCUGUAUAUCGCGAAUCACCAUGUACAUUUACCAUACUGUACACUCCCUGAUUUCCAGUUGCAUAUGAUCAGUCACACCUGGUCAGCGUGUACAGAUAGUAAGUAGAUCGUAUGUAUAUAUGUAGGUAUUGUCUGUGUGUAUGAUGUCUGCCUGUCCAGCAGACCAUGCUUCACCUCAACUGGACAGAUGGUCCAGCUGACCUAACAGUGGGGCACGUCAUCCGUCCCAUCCUCAUGCAUGUUUACCCACAAAUGAGCAAAAAAGCAGCUGUUUUCGCGAGGACUCGAUCAUGUUUCCUCACUUGUAUAAAGUGGUCAUAUGUGGUUUUCCUAGGUUUUCCGAAUUCCCAAAAAUUUCAGAAUUUUGAAAGUUGACGUGUCAGCUAUCAUGUUGCCAAUGUGAUCAGGGGUUGAAUUUUUUUCUUAAACAAUGUUCAGAUGGAAAAUUGUAUCCUAAAUCUACAAGUUGGGAAGUAGCAUUGUUUGUGAACGGUUAUUGUUCGGGAUGUAACAUAUUCAUGAGUGAAUGAAUAAUACAU